CGGCUGAAGGGAGGGAUGCAGGCUGCUGUAUGCUGCUCUUCCUGCUCACACUAAGAUGGGACUGCAAGUGGUGAUUUGGGGAGUGGCUGCAAUUUCUCACUGGGGAUCCUGAAGGAGGAUAGUCUAAUGUAGUCGAUCUGUUAGAUACUGUGGCUCUAUCAUGCCACUAUGCCAGCCAUGAACAGGCCAGGGUUUCUUACUAAAGCAGGCCUGAGGAGACUUCUAACAGCAGAUGAGGUAUGGAGUCUUGGGAGGAAGAGAAGUUUGGGAGAACAUAAUAUCCUAACAGAGCAAGAGUUCCUACAGACAGCAGGGUCCAAAGAUUCAAGUGAACCAAAAGGUUUCUCAGCAUACAGCCAUCGAAGCAAGCCAUGCCAUAACACCAGCACUGAGAGAAAAGUAAAAAGAGAGGAUGGAAAACCUCCACAUAAGCAAGAAUCAGUGAAGGCAAACUCUAAACCUCAUGGUUACGAGCCUAAGCCUGAGAAAAAGGUCAAGAGUCCUUUGCAUAAAAUUGAUCCUCAUCCAAAGGUGAACCCAACGAAAAGCACUGAAAUACACUCAGGAGAAAAAGUAAACUGGAAACCUCUAAAGGAUGUGCAUCAUUUCACAUCGGAACACAACCAGGGUAGUUGUGGAACAUCUGACAAUGCCCCCAUUGUGUCCUGUUUGUCCUCUGACAUAGAGGAAGACCUGCCCUAUGAUUAUGAAGACGUACAUCAAAAACCUGGAGAACAAACCGAAGCAAGGUUUCAAGAGACAUUGAAGCCACAUUCCUCUUCAUUUGAAAUGACUGUAGACUGUGGUGAGGUAAUAACUGACAAUCUGACUCUUAAUGUGCACAACAGCCAUCAGUCGCAAAGUGUGGUAUUCAACAAUAACCAUGAGAUUUGUGAUGUGUCCGGGAAGUCAAACACAGCUUAUACUCAGACACAUGAGAUUGAUUUAGUCUCACAGAUCUCUGAAAAUCUGAAGUGGCAGAACAUUAAAGAUUCAAUCAUAGAUAAACCACUUGUUACAAAUUCAGUCCAUGCUGUAAGUAGUGAUAUAAAAAGGACUGACAGCCCAUCCUGUGAUGAUAGCCUUUCUGAUGCAGAAGAUAAAUCAGAACCAUUUUCCCUCCAGAGUGAAGGACUGGUCUGGUCUGAAGAAGAGAAGGAUGUUCACAGUGAAGAGAAAUAUGAAGCAGACACCUUUGCUUUAGUCUACGCUGAGAAGUUUACUGUCAUCCCAGAAUCACCUGCAUACUGCCACCAGUCCAACACUAAACACUGUGAAGUGGAUCCCUAUGGUCUGAUUCAUAAUGAAAAGCAAAUGAUAGCAGAGUCCAACCUGUCAGAGAUCCUCUCUCCUGUAGAUGAAGUCUUGUCAUAUGGAAGUGCUGAGCUUCCUCCGUCACUUAAAGGAGGAGAUGGACAAGGACUAGACAUCAACAGUUUACCACCUCCCCCACCUGCCUUUGAGAUUAUCACAUGGACUAGUGAGGAGGAUCUUCCAGCUCCACCUGACUUUCUUGAAGACAUUUCCAUUAAUAGCGAGAACAUACCUCCUCUUCCUGUGGACUUGUCUUGUAAGAGAGAUACAGAGAGGCCAAGUGAGACCAAUGUUAAUAAUGAUGCUAACACUGGAGGUUUGUGUCAAAUCCUUCCUCCUGCAGAACAGGAUCAGGAAGAUGAGGGUUCUGAAUACACCAGCUCUCUUCCUAUGGAUGAGAGUAAUGAAAGCCAUGAUCCUUUGUCCUCCUUUAACAUUGGAGACAGGGUUCUUGUCUGCAACUCAAGACCAGGAGUUCUCAAAUAUAAGGGAUACACUGCUUUUGCUGAUGGCUUUUGGGCUGGCGUCGCACUUGAUACACCCAAUGGAAACCAUAAUGGAACAUUCAGAGGUGUGAAGUAUUUUAAAUGUGAGAAGAGCUGCGGGGUCCUGGUCAGAGCCGAGGACAUUUCUCAUCUGCAUAGAGAGCAAUGUAAUGAAGCAGAUACAGGCAUGGAUGAAGAUACAUUCUCAGAUGAGGAUCCCCCCAGUAACCAAGAUGGGGAAAAUGGGAAUAAACCUUCCGGGAAGAGGCAAAGAAGGCAAAGUGGCAGACAUGGUUCAUCAGCACCAAAACAGACAUUCCAGCAGGAUCCAUGUGAAAAUGAUGAAGCCACAGACAAUAAGUUACCAACUUUUUCAACAUUGAGUGAAAAAACACCAUUAAAAAUUGAUUGUACAAGCCAUCUAGAUGACUCUGAGGCUCUGAUAGAGAGGUUAACUGAGGAGAUUUUUGCAGAUGCUUUAAAGAAUAUACAGGGAGUGGAAUCAACACAUGAUGGUAAACCAAAGGAAAUUAAUUUUAAGAAAAAAGAAGCUAGCAAUGUGAUUAACAAACCACGUCUCAUGGAUAAGUGGCAGCAGGUGUAUCCAGUAACUCCACCACAAAUACGGGUCAAACCUCAUGAACACAGGAUUGUGUACAGACUGGUUGAUGACACGGUUGAGACACUCUGUGGCCAGGCAAAUGGAAGUGCACUCGAUGCUUGUGAAACACCAAACUACUUAGUAGAUGAUGAAAGCCGCAAAACCUACAGGCAGGUCCUUUUCCAGUUAGCAUCUGAUAUUCUGCACAAGAUUUGUGCUGAUAUAUUGGAAAUGAGUGGAUCUUCUCAGAAAAUAAAGGAUAAAUCAAUGAUCUCACUUCUACAGACAAGACAAAUUUCAGUCAAACUUUUAAAGAAUGCAGUGAAAAGGGAAACACAGAAAGUGCUUAAUUUGGAACAAACUGAUCAAGAAAUGACAGAGAUGCUGCAAACGCUGUGCAAAUACUGGUAUGCUAAAAGGGACAGAGUGGACUACAUCCUGAUUCAGGAACUUCACAAUGAGGAGAAGGAGUGGGUGGAUUACAGUAAUGACCAGAUCACUGUGAAAAUGCGACUGGCCAACGAGAUUUUCAGCCUGCUUCUGGAUGACACUAUAUCAGUUCUUAACCACAUAUAUAUAGCAGACUACAAAUGAUACAGAUUUGGCAUCCUUAUCAUAUCUUUUGGAAAAUUACACAAACUUUGUCACAUCUUGACUUUUUGAUUUAGGAAAUUCUGUGUAUAAUUUUAAAGUAUCAACUAAAUAAAGGGAAGGUGUGUUUAUA